AUGCCCAAGCGAUCGUUAGACGCCAGCAAUAUCUCGCCCAGCAUGGCUAUGGACAGGGGUCAGAAGAAGACUGAGCGUUCUCAUGAGGAGAACCAGGAGAGGGCGUACAUUGCUGCAUCCCGCCGAGCUGACCGGAGCAUUGAGGCUCGCGUGCAGUCUGCCAAGAUGGCCAGCGAGAUUCACAAGAAGCGUACCGGCAAGGGCUUCAAGAUUUCUGAGGCUAUCGUCCAGGCCGAGGAGAUGUACGAGGAAGAGGAAGACGACAUGCCGAGAUCGUACCGCAUGCUGGCAGCCCACCUUCAGACUGGUUCACCCGAGUUUGACUACCGAGUCAAUGCCUUCCUCGCGAACCGUGUGGCGAUGGCUAGCAUGGUCGCUGGUCUCCGUAACCAGGAGUGGGCCGACAACCCGAUCAACAAGAUGUUCGCUGAGCAAUUCCCAAACGCCACCAAGCAGGCUCAAGCACUGUCCCACAACUUGACCAAUUCCAUGUACUAUCAGCCCGUCGCUCCCAGCAAUGCCCGUCACCAGCAAGCCCAAUCCGAGGCUGCUGCGACGAGCCCAAUGUCGCCGACCUUCAGCACGGUCAAUUUCCAGCAAGGAACGCAGCAACGAGAGAGAACACAGUCUGCAGCCUCCCCGAUGGAUAUGUCUACACCAGUUGCCCGUGACCCUGCCACUUCGCCACCAGCACUGUCUCCAUCCUCCGAGGCUGCUAUUGCCACCCCGUCGACACGAUCCGCGUCCACCUUCCCGUCCCCAAUAACGAGCCUGGACGCCAGCUUGUUCCCGCCAGGGUCCUCGUUCACGUCUGAGUUGCCCAUGGAUGCGAAGAUGAUGGUACCGAACUUUGACAUGAACGAUCCCAUGUCACAGAUGUUUAUGGGAAACCCCUAUCAACAGCAGGCGUGGUAUCCAGACAUGGCCGAUCUGAAACACGAUCCGACGAUGGAUGACCCGACCUUGUCAUCACACGAGUAUUUCAACGGGCACUUGAACCCGUACACCCAACGACUUGACGACGGGCAAAGCGAGUGUACCACACCGGGGCCGAGCGCUACCGAGAACUGGGAGUCUUUCCUUGAUUUUGGCGAUCAUAACGACAGUGGUACCGUCGACCCGUCCUUGUAA